GACAUCAACCACAACAACAACAACAACAGCAACAACAGCAACAACCAAACUCUACAUACACAGUCGCAGCUCACACACUCUUGUCAUGUUGACACUCUUGCGGAUUCGGCCUGCACUUGCAUAGCGCUGCCGAUGCCCGAUGUAACCACUGGACAAGUAUUAGACUAAGGACUAGGAGCAGACGACGCGGACAAAGCCCCGACAACGACUUGGACUACGAGCUCUAAGCAGCAGCCGCAGCAGCACUCUUGCUUUGCAGCAAGAUGCCGCGCUUUCGGAACGAUGAGCUGGUAGAGACCAGGUACAAGGAUGGCGACAUUGUUUGGGUUAAGAUACACAAUUCGGAGAUUUGGUGGCCCGGCGAGGUGACCUCCUCGCAGGACUUUCGUUUCGUCAACAGCUCGCGACGUCCAUUCGCAGUCGUCGAGUUCUUCAAUGAGCGAACCUUCGAACAGGUGAACACGGCAAAGCUGAUUUAUCCAUUUCAAUGCGAACACAAAUCGGAGUUCAUCAAAAUGGGCACAAGAAAAUCCGUGGCCCCGGACAUGAGGGACAAGUUCAACGAGGAUGUCAAGUACGCCGAGAAUCGUUGGGCGGCCAACAAUGAGGCAGCCGAAGCUGCCGCUCGGCCCGAAAGCCUGAUCAAAGCGCUGCUCUCGAGCAGCAGCAGCAGCAACAGCCUCUUCAACAUCAACAACAACAACAACAACAACAACAACAGCAGCAACAGGGACUCGACGAUACGGAUCAUGGACAUUGGAGCGCCGGCUGCUGCCUAUGCGCGUCCGGAGGGACGCAACGAUCAGCGAUACGAGUGCAAUCUGUGCGACUUUCACACGAGCAGCAUGAACGUGCUGCUCAUCCAUCGUCGCACCCACCUGGAGCUCAGCAGAUAUGGAGGUGGAGGAGUAGCUGGCGUAGGAGUAGGCGGAGGUGGAUGCAGCACAAGCAGCUGCAGCAUCUACAGCAGCAGCAGCGGAGUCGGCGGCGCCAAUGUGCGUCAGCUGCUGCAGCAGCGGGCGACGAGACGGGCCAAUACAUCGGCCAGCCGGGACACGUACUCCUCGUCGCUGUGGCGCUGCCAAUCCCGGCACGUGUCCAUUGUGGUCGAUGCGCCGCUCACGGACGAGGAACAGCGCCAGGUGGCGAGCAUAGCGCAGCUAACCUUGGCCAGCAUUGAGCAACGGGAGCGGGAGCGUCGACGUGAACACGAACGCGACCUGCAGACACUUAGCAGCGAGUGCUCCGUCGCGCUGCAGCUGCAGCGUCGCAGCACCCAGCUGAUGAGCGCACGGGAUCCGCGACGCAGACGCUGCCAUCAGCUGCGCGCCACGAUGCCGGCGCCGCCGAUGCUGCCGCCGACGCCGCCAACGCCGCCGGCCAAAGUGCGUCGCCUGACGCGCUCCAUUAGCCGCCAGCAGGAGCGCAGUCCCAGCUUGUCCCAUUCGCAAGCAGGCGAAGCAGGAGGCGUAGCGGCUGCAGCAGGAGGAGCAGCGGCAGCUCAAUCGUUGCCAUUUGCGCAGCCGGCGGCCAUGUCUGGCUUGGUGUCGCCGCAAACGCCGCCGGCGCCGAGCAAGCGCAAGACUCUGACGCUGAUGACGCCCAGCCCGACGCCCGUGCCGGCCAAGGGCAACAAGUCGAAGCUCAAGGCCAAAACCCAGCCCAAUUACACAUCGACGCCCAUCGUGGUCAAGCGCGGACGCAAGCGUCUGCGCGCCGAGACGGAGCAGGAGCAGCAGCAGGAGACGAUCCAGGCCGUGGAGCAGCAGCCGGAGACGAAGCUGGAACCGGAACGGGAACUUGAAACGGAAAAUCAAGCGGAAAGUCAACCGGAACGGGAUACCGUCAAGGGCGUUGCGGCCGCAUCGCGUGAGCUGCAGCGUCGGCUGCUCGCCGAGUGGGGCGACUACGAGCAGGAGGAGCUGCCCGAGGUGCUCAACAAGCAGCAGACCAAUGGACAGCCCCCCGAGGCGCUGCACAAGAAGCAGCUGCAUCACAAGCUAAUGCUACCACGCGCCCAGCCCCAGCCUCAGCCUCAGCCCCAGCCCCAACCUCAGCCGAAGUCAACGACGGCGGCGGCGGAGGACUUUGCCGAGGAGGAGAGCUUGGAGCCCGGCCCGUCCGGCAAGACGCAGCUGCCGCCGGGCAGCACCUCAUCGAAACGCAUACGCAACAUACCAAAGAAGGAUCGGCGCGACGUGGUGCUGCAGGAGUUCGACAUGGGCGCGCCCGAGGAGCCCAUCAUAAUACAGGACAGCGACGCCAGCUCCAACGAGAGCGUCGUCUUCGUCGACUCCGCGGAGCCUCAGCAGCAGCGUCUGUCCAAGGCAAAUACACAGGCCCAGGCCCAGGCGCAGCAGAUCAAGGCUGGCUCCUCCUGUUUUGACUUUGCCGAGGAGGAUGAUGAGGAGCAUGCUGCACUGCAGCCAGCCGCCCUGCCGGCGGAUGGUCAAAAUGGCUUGAGCUACAGGCGACGCACAAAGCCCGCCCCAUCGACGACGACGCUAACCAAUGGCGAGGAGAAGCAGCGGGAACGGGAACGAGAACGGCAGCAGUCAAUUGCCGAGCCGGAGCUGCAGCUGGCGGAGAACUUCAAGGGCUUCAACGAGCCGGAACAGCAGCUGGAGGCGGCGACGGCCGCGCCCGUUGCCGAGGCCGCCGAGCUGGAUGCGGCUGAUGUGGAUCAGGAGCAGGAGCAGGAGCAGGAGCAGCUCAGUCUGCCCAUCAAGGAGCGACAGAAGCGCAUAUUUAAGUCGCGCAACAAAUCCCAGCAGGCGGCGGCACAGCGCGACGAGGCGCUCGAUACGGAGGAGACGCCAGCGCCAGCGCCCGCGCCCGAGGAGAAGCCCUCGACGACGACCUCGGCAGCGACAGCGGCAGCGACGGCGGCAGCGACAGCGGCGGCAAUGGCGGCAUCUGCCUUCAUGGAGCACCUGCUGCCGCUGCACACGGAGCUGACGCUGCCGCCUCUCGAUCCCAGGCUGGCCAAUGGAGGCGCCGCUGGCGGCGUCGCCGAUCCGAGGACUGAGCAACGACGUCGCAAGUCCAAGGCCAAGGCCAAGAAGAAGAAGAACAAUAACAACAAUGUCAACGUCAACGUCAGCGGCGAGGGCGCAGCAGGGGGCGUGGCGCCCGUUACCAAAAAGAAGAAGAAGAAGAAGAGCGACGUGCCGGGGGAGGAGAAGACCAAGUCGAAAACCAAAAAGAAAAACAAAUCGAGCAGCAAAAAAACGCAAACCUUCCCCAAGGUAAAGCCACAACCCGCACUGGAGCCAAAACAGGAGCCGGAACCGCAACCGGAACAGGAGCCCGAACCGGAACCAGAACCGGAGCUGAGCACAGCGCAAACCCUGUGCCAAUAUCAAGCUCAAUACCCAGUCCAAGCGCCGAUUCCAGCCCAUGCCCACCAGCAUGGCCACGCCCACAGCCACGCCCAUUACUCCGGCGGCGGGCUGUUCUCGGGAGCUGCGUCGGCAGCGGGCGGCAGCAGCGCAGCGCUGCUGCACCUGAGCACGAACACGAACAGCAACCACAGCAACACGAGCUCCUUCCAGCAGCAGGCGCACAGCAAUAGCAACAGCAACAGCAGCUCCAUAACGUCCAACAUGGCCGUCAUUUCGGCGGAGGAGGCGCGCGAGCUGCAGCGUUCGGCACCAGCGCUGGCCGAGGAGUCGACGACGGCGACAGAAUCGAGCGCUGUGCUCAUACUGGAGGACAUACUGUUGCCCAAUCUCUACGAGCUGCCGGUGGGCGCCAGCUCCGACAAUAGCAACAGCAGCGCCAGCUUUGCCAGCAGUCGGAGUCAGCUGCGACGGCAGCCGGCGAGGCACAGGCCAGACAAGGAGCAGCAGCAGGAAGCCGAGGAGGAGGCGGACGAGGAGACGGAGGCGGAGACGGAGGAGCAGCAGCAACAGGAGCAACAGGAACGGGAACGGCAGCGAGAAGAGGAGCUGGAACGUGAACGGCAACGGGAGCGUGAAGAGGAACUGGAACUGGAACGGGAACGGGAAGAGUAUGAGCAUUUGCGCACAUUAGAGGACUCGCCGCCGGCCACCUCCUCGUCCAGCUGGGCGAACAGCAAUCCCUCGACGCCGCCAACAGGCCUGCGCUUCGAGGGAAAACUGAAGAAGCGCGAACGCGAGAUGCUACGCAAAUACGAGGCGGACAUGACCAGCGGACGCAGCGCCGAGAUCUGUCGCAUUGCCCGACAGCGUUGGGCGCGCGCCCGUAGCCUGCACAAGCCCAACUCGGACGAGCGCCAGCUGCUGCUGCGCCUGGAGCAGCUGCCGCUCCGAGCGCUGCUGCGCUGGGGCAAGCGUGCCGUCAGCGAGCAGCCGACGGCGGAGACGCUGCCGGCGGCGGCAACUGUUGUUGUGCGCCCCAAAUCCUGCCUGGCGCUGGCCAUGCUCCAGGACGAGACGGUGGUCGCCAGAGCCAGGCGCCAGCUGGAGCAGCUGCGCGAGCAGCAGCAGCUGUUGAAGAGGCGACGCACGAGCCCCAAUCCCGAGUCGCGACGGCGACGCAGCCGCCCGGAGCCGGAGCCAGAGUCGGAGCAGCAGCAGCAGCAGCAGCCUGGCGAGGAGCAGCCGGAGGCGGCGACAUCGGGACCAUCAUCACCUCCGGUCCAGCCGGAGCUGGGUGGGGAGCACAAGGAGCCGGGCCAGCAACAGGAUUCCAAUACAGAUCCGCGCAUCUGCGCCGUGAUGACGCAUCCGAUACCCGGCUACAAUAACACCUUCAUGCUCUGCUCCUUGACGAACAACAACAAUUUUACGCCCUUGAACAACGAGGCGCUGUACCUGGACAGCGAGAAUCAUUUGGUGCCCGUGCCGCUGGAGGCGUUGACCGAAUCGCCGCGUCUGCCCGACGGACAUCCCUUGUCGGCGGUCUUUCUGCUGGAGGGCGAGGCCAUGGCGCAGGUGGUCCAGCCGGAGCAGCAACAGCAGCAGGCGGCGGCGGCGGCAUCGUCACGACAAUUGGCGCUCAGCGCUGGCCAGGAGCAGGAGGUGCCCGCCGCGGCGGCCGCCAUGCUGGGCAUGAUGACGCCCCUCAGCCAGGUGGCCGAGACCAUGCCCCGGGGCGAGCGUGAUGCCGAUGCAGACCACCCGGCCGAGGAGGAGGGGGAGGACGAAGAUGAAGACGACAACGACGACAACGACUACGACGACGACGACGACGACGAUGAGGAUGAGAAUGAGAAUGAGGAGAAUGAGGAGAAUGAGGAUGUGGCUGGAGCUGGGGCUGGGCAUGAUCAGCCGGAGGCGACUGUGGCCCCGCCGCCGUCGUCGCACGAUGAGAUCUAUCAGCUGCAGUCGAAUGUGCUGCAGCUGAGCGUCAAUGGCCACCAGCUGGAGCUGACCACCGAGGUGCUGAUGAACAUAGCCGAGCAGCAGGAUGAUAUUGUCAUCGAGAUCGAUGGCGGCGGCCAGGCCAUGCUCCAUGCCAGCGACAUACUGCAGGCGGCCAAGAACUAUCUGCAGGAGCGCGAUCUACAGCUGGUCAAUCUCGAGGAUAUGGCCCUCGAUGCGGAUGAGCAACAGGUGACGUCGGCACAGGUGCCGCCGGCGCAGCCAAAUGAUCUGCUGGCCGCGGCGCUUGCCGGCAGCGAUGUGGUCGACGCCGGCGUCGGACUUCUGCACAUCGAUACGCGACAGCAGGCAACGGGCGCGGGCGCGGGCGUGGGCGUGGCUGUGGGCAUGGCCACGGAUGAUGUGGUCGGUUUCAUGGCGCACGCACUGCCCCUGGCCGGAGCAACGACGCACCUGACGCCGCCGAUAACGGCGCGCACGAACGAGACGAACGCGCUGCUGGAUCAGACGCCCAUCAUGUCGACGCUGGAGAAUCCGAGCGGCGGGCUGCAGCUGCAUCGGCGCGUCUCGCCGCUGCUCGAGGGCAAUCUUGAGGAUAGUCUGGCCGUGAUCGGUGUGACCAGCCAUGGCAAUGGCAGCGGUGUGCCCACAUCUCUCGAGCUGCCCAUCACGGUCACCAAUCCGGCUAUUGCGCCGCGUCCCGCCGUCUCCUCCAAUGUUGCCGCCGCCAACGCCGCCGCCGCCGAUCUGGCCAAGUUUGUGCCGUUCCAGUAGAGGAUCGGGUGGGCCGGGGGGGCAGGGUUGCCCGGAGCAGCAGGAACUCCAACUGGAUGCUAGCUUUCGAAAUUUGCAACAGGAUUCUUUAUUUUUGUUUGCUUAAUCUAAGAAAAUGCUGACAACCCUGUUCGUGCUCUCUCUCCCUCCCACUCUCUCUCUCUCUCUCUCACUCUUUGGCGCUCUCUCGCUCAGCCCAAAAUGUUGCUUAGGAAAUUCACGUGCAAAGUUUUUUUUUUUUUUUAAUUGUU